CACACGAACAAGGGCGAUAAGCAGGAACUUCAACAUUUUUAAUUACUUUUAUUGUGUGUAAAUAUUUGCAUUUAAUGGGAUUGUAUAGUCAGUUCUGCUGUGUUCAUUUAGGUUGACAACUAUGGACUUUCGUAGAGUAACUGGACCAUUUAUUCAUAAUUCAACAAUCAAUGAAGAACAGACAAUAAAUCAUGAAAGGAGCAACACAAAUGAUGAACAAGGUGAACAGGCUAAUACUAAUGAAGCCAGUUUUUUAGAAAUCGCAGAACGCCUUUUGGGCAAAUCUGAAAUGGUGUCAUUAAGACAGGUGAAUGAAGAACUUAAAAACACAGAGAUAGCUUGUGAUAUAGAGUCUGGAAAUAAAAAUAAAAUCCCAGGGGAGAUAAUCUUACCUGAAACAACUGUGCCAGAGAACACAAAUACUUAUAAACACAGAAUAGAUGGAAUUGAUUUACAAAAAAGGGGAGAAAAUACAGAUAUAUGCAAUAGAAAUGAUAAAUUUAUUGACAAUAUAAUGAAUGUCAACCAAAGUUUUGAAGAUGAGAAUUCACUGACUGACAAUACGGAACAAAAUAAACCAUAUGUAGCAGAACAAAAUAAACCAUAUGUAGCAGAAUUAGUAAAGCCUGAUACAAACUAUUCAGAAUUUGUUGAGGAGAAUGUAAAAUCAAGGAAUGAAGAGGACCAUGACUCAUUGGGGGACCAUUUAUCUAAAAUUUUAAACCCUAGCUAUAGUCAUGAGAGUGAUUCAGAUUCUAUUGAAGAAAACUUAGAACUGAAAAGAAUUCAGUCUGUUGACAAUGAAAUUGAGAAUGUGGCUCAAGAUAAUGUAGCUAUUAAAUUUGACAAAGGAAGCCAAACUUUUAUGUUCCUAUCAUCUUCAAACAAAUCAAAUCCAAAAGAUAUGGGGACAAAGAAAUUUGUCCCACAGACUGAAACAUGUAUCUCUGAUAGAGAACUCCCUUAUAAAUGUAAAUUUUGUGAUCAAACUUUUAGUCUUUUUACUCAAUUGAAAAGACACAAGAAAAUUCACACCAAAGAUGCCCCAUUUACUUGUGAAACAUGUGGCCGUGUUUACAGAAAUGAUGCCGAGCUGAAGAAACAUAGGAAGAAACAUGAUAGUUUAAGACCACAUAUCUGCAAAGAAUGUGGUAAAACAUUUAGACAGCUUCACCAGUUACAAAACCAUGAGAGAAUACAUAGUGGAGAAAAACCUUUCUUGUGUGAAACUUGUGGACAGGGAUUUGGACAGAAAGAAAGUCUCCGACUUCAUGAGCGUACACAUACUGGAUUUAAACCUCACAAGUGUGCUAUAUGUAGUAAAACCUUUAACAAUACUAAAUGUCUUCACCGGCAUGAACUUACACACUCGGGUGAACGCAAUUUUCCUUGUACUGUUUGUGGGAAAUCCUAUUUGAGGAAUGAUCAUCUUAGGAGACACAAACGGUCACAUGGAGAGGAACCACGUUUCAGAUGUUCCUUCUGUGGUAAGGGCUUUCAUCAAAAGGUCAAUGUUGAAGAACAUGAAAGAAUUCAUACUGGGACUAAGCCUUUUACUUGUGAAGUAUGUGGAAAGGCAUUCACCCAGAGAGGAAAUCUCAAAUCUCAUCUUAUUAAACAUUCCUUUGGUGCUUGUACCAAGGAUCGUAAGGAUGGGAUGUCUGGACAAUAUGUUGUUCAUUGUUAUUUGUAUGAACAGUUUAUUGGAUAUUUACCAGUGGUGAUGGAAGUAGACUUGGAGAGUACAGAAAGACAAUCUGAAUCCAAUGUUAACAACCAGCAAAGACAAUCUGAAUCCAAUGUUAACAACCAGCAAAGACAAUCUGAAUCCAAUGUUAACAACCAGCAAAGACAAUCUGAAUCCAAUGUUAACAACCAGCAAAGACAAUCUGAAUCCAAUGUUAACAACCAGCAAAGACAAUCUGAAUCCAAUGUUAACAACCAGCAAAGACAAUCUGAAUCCAAUGUUAACAACCAGCAAAUGGUUAUACAAGAGAAAACUAUACCUCAUUUAAAAACUGAUCAGAAUAAUGGCAAAACAUCAACCUUUGAUAAAACGAACAGAAUGAAAGAGGUUUAUAAUCAAUACAAAGUGGUCAAUGAUAAAGGGAAUCAGGACCAGAAAAUGAUACUUUCAGCUCGAAUAAAAACAGAUGCCUUGAGAAAUACACUGGAGGUAGAGUCGAUCAAAGUAUCACAAGAUGUACCAUCUAUGUUAUCGUCAAUUGACAAGCUUGCGCUAAAACUAGCAGCUAGUAAGAAACAGCAUAUUAUCAGUUCAGUUAGACAUGGAGGUGACACGAUUAGCGAUUCGCCAAUAGAAACGCAUGAAAACUUUAGCAAAGUAGACUCAGCUGAUCGUUUCCAUAAUAUUCACAUGGCUCCAGAAACAUGCGACAUGACCAAGAUAAUUAAAGAAAUAUACGAGAAAAGUAUAAUGAGGGACAAACUGUUAUUUGAUAAAUACGGGAAAGCCUCUUUUUACUCUCCAGUAGAAAUUAAUUUGUCAACUAAACCAAACCAGUUUCUCAGUACGUCUGCUAGUGACAACUUUAUUGGUACCCAAAAUAGCGAUCAUAUACCAUCUGAUGAUUUUGACAACAAUUGUCCUACUGAUAACACUGAACACAAUAUUAAUAGUUACAUGUGUGACAUGAAAUCUGAACCUUUAGAACCUAGAGUAAGCGAGGAGUAUCAAAUAGACAAUGGCAUGGCACCUCUCAAUGAAAGUGUUUGUCCUGAGAAAUCUCUUGAUGAUAAAUAUGACUAUUUUAGCCGAAAUAUUGAAAUAUUCGUAACUCAUGGGCCACCAAAGAUUAAACCUCGUAAAAAGAAAGCUAUACAACUGCCUGUUGAUCCACAACCAGUGUUUGACAGCGUAGAUGACAUGGGUGUUGAGGAAAAAGAUGAAUAUACAAAGAAGGGAUACGCUAAGCCAUUUGGAUGCGAUAUAUGCCACCGAAUGUUUAGUCAGAUUGGCCACCUAAAUCGACACAUGCGCAUUCAUACUGGAGAAAAACCAUUCCAGUGUGACAUAUGUGGAAAAGAAUUUAGCCAGAGCGGUGAUAAACGCAGACACGAACGGACGCACACAACAUAUAGACCGUAUCAAUGUUUUAUUUGUGAUAAAGAAUUUAACCAGAGUGGUCAUUUACAGCGCCAUCUCCGAAUACAUUCCGGACACAUUCUUUAUAAUAAUGGCGAAUUUGAUAAGGAACUAACCAGACAGAAAUACAAGGAAGACAAGGUAGCCUGUGCUGACAAAACAAAAUAUUGUCCACUUUGUGACAAAACUUUUGUGAAAAAGUAUUUAUUAGAACGACAUAUUCGAUCUCAUACAGGGGAGACGCCUUAUAAGUGUGAGGAAUGUGGUAAGGGAUUCACAAGAAAAGAUAGACUCUACACACAUGCGAGGAUACACAGUGGAGAGAAACCUUAUUGCUGUAAAGAAUGUGGUAAAGGUUUCAACCAAAGCAGUCACUUAAAAACACAUAUCAGGAUACAUACAGGUGAUAAACCAUAUAAAUGUGGAGUUUGUGGAAAAGGUUUUGCACAGUCACAUGACAGAAAGAAGCACGAACGCGUUCAUACUGGGGAACGCCCUUAUGUAUGUCCCUUAUGUGGUAAAGAUUUCAGUGAUAAUUCUCAACUGUGGAAACAUGCACGUACUCAUGACGAAGAACAAGAGGAGGGCACGUCAUUUAAAUGUCGAAGCUGUGAUAAGGAAUACGAGUAUAGCUCUCAGUUAAUUCAUCACAUGAAAGAACACACGUUUGAGCGAGGUGGGAGAAUUGAAUUACCCAAUAUUGGAGAUUUUGGUAAUGACUCAGAAAUGGAGAAAGUACGAAUGACAGCAGAAGCUCUUUUAAAAGAUACCCUAGCCAUUAGAGACAGUAGUGUAAAUACAGAACCAAACCACGCCAUAGACGGGGACACACACCCUAAUGUUAUUAACAGAACGUUUGGAUGCGAAUAUAAUAAAACAUUCGAAAAUGUAGCAGGCAAUUCUUCUGAUAAUGAAGAAAGCGAACCAGAUCAGAAAGACGAUAACAACGAGGCGUGGGAGUCGAAAUGGAACGGAGAAAUGUAUAUUGCUGAACAGGCUCCUGAGAAUGGACAUUUAAUUUGAUUUUAUUUAUAUCAUAAGCUUCUUAAAUAUUUAUAUCCGAAUCAAUUGACAAUGUGAUUAAGAAUUCGUAUA